CAAUUAUACACGCUGAUACACAUGUCUAAACUAAACCUCCAAAGCCAUCCUCCGAAGCUGCAACCCCUCCAGCCAAUCAACAGCUUUUAAAACCCCUAAACCCCAAGUUGAACCAUAUAGUGCUUUUCUUUUCUUUUCUUUUCUUUUCCCAGUAAUUUUCAUCAUUGAUGGGGAGUUGAAGCCAAAACCAUCAAAGCCCUCUUCUCUGUUUUUCACAAUUCUACUGAGAGAUCAAGCAGAUGAUAUACUAACGCGGAUAUGACUCUCUCCUUUUCUCCUUCUGUCAAGAGAUAUUGUUCGUACGGUGCACGCCAGGUGUUUGAUGUUUGUCUUGUGAGGUCGUUUGAAGCUUGUUUUGUCACUUGCGUUUCUGGGUUGAACUUUGAAUCAAAUCCACAUAUUGGGUAUCACUAAGCCAUUCUUUCAUUUUUAUAAACCUCUCAUUCUCUCCUUGUUAAUGAAUUUUUCUUCAUACUGUCUUGUUAGCUAAGUUGAGUUUUCAAAUUUUAUGGUAUCCUUGUUUAUAUGGAUUCUUUUCUAUAACUUUUCUUGACCCACAUCAUGAUCAUACUGUAUGAUGGCUAUAAUCAAUGGUCUUUGUAAAACUAUAGUCCUCGAUUCUUUCUCAAGGUAUUAUAUAAGCAAAGAACACUGCAAUACAGUUUUCAAGAGUUUCCUAUGUAGCCAAUUUCUCCAUACAAGAAACUUUUUUAACAACCAAACUAAGCUAACUCAAUCCUUUGCCGAUAAAUCACACAUUGAUAAAGUCUCUCUUUACCUUCAACGUGCGAAACUCAUUGAUUCAAUUCGACUUGCUCUCCGGUCGAAUGCUCCGAGGUCACUAAUCCCCCUUUUGAAAGAUCCCUCUCUAGAUUGCUUUGUAGUCACCAAUGCACUUCGAUCUGCUCCGUCCCCGGACUCUGCCCUCUCCCUCAUUGAAACCUUGAAAACUGUUCCACAUUUCACACAUAAUCAAAAUACACUCUAUGCGCUGGCCAAAAUCCUCGCAAAGUCCCAACAAAUUGCAAAACUCAAAACCCUCAUUGAUGCCAUCAAUUCUGGAAAAUUCCCAAAUGUUGCACGAGUCAGUUUCAUGGACCGAAUGCGGUGGUAUGCUGCUGCGGGAGACCUUGACUCAGUUCUUUGUGUUUGGGACGAGUGGAGAGCCUUGCAGAAGCGUCCCUGCACUGAGUCUUACAACAUUGUAAUGGGCCUUUAUGCACAUAUCAGUAAGAAUCUUGAAGCAGUGAAGAUUUUCUAUAUGAUGAUUGAUGAAGGACUGGUUCCUACUUCUAGAACAUAUACAGUUAUGAUCGAGCAUCUUUUGAAAGCGGGAAAAUUAGAUUCAGCAAAGCAAAUUUUUGGUAUAUUGCCAUUGAUGAGGAUCAAAUGCACUCUGAGGCAGUAUUCUCUUUUGGUGGGGGCAUUCACCGGUACUGAACAAUUCGAUGUGGUUAUGAGUUUACUAAAUGAGAUGCGGAUUAAUGGAGUAUUGCCUGGUCGGGCUAUGCAAUGGUCAUUGCAGCGAAUGCGGGAGGCGGGAUUUCUUGAGGAGACGGAUGAGUUUGUUAAAGAAAUGUCACCAGAUGAAAGAAUCAAGAGUGUAGGAGUGCCUAUGGAUGAUGAUGAUGAUGAUGAUUAUGAUAAUGAUUGUGAUAAAGCUGACCACACUGAUCGUGAUGUUGAUGUGAAUGAAGUUCAGUUAAAACCAUGGUUGGACCCAGUUGCUUUGGCAAGUGCCUUGCAUUAUUGGGGACCUGAAGAGGUAUCAGCAUUGGAAGAUGCGAAAUUUGUGUGGACAACUCGGUUGGUCUACAAGAUGAUCAGAAAUUUCAAUUCAGCCAAAACAGCAUGGCACUUUUUCUCUUGGGUUGCCAAUCAGCCAGGUUUCACUCAUGAUGUUUACACAACAUCAAGGAUGGUUGCCAAGUUAGCACGCCAUGGAUGUGUCGAUUUAGUUGAUCAACUCAUGUCUAAGUUAAAGAGGGAACAAAUUGUAUUGUCAUUUAGCACAAUUAGAUUGAUUAUUGACUCUUAUGGGAUUUUGGGUAAUGGCCAUGCUGCUCUAAAUGUCUUUCGUGAUGUCAAAAUACCAUGUGACCCCAUAUCAAAAAAUAGUCUCUCGCUUUUAUAUUCAUCUUUAUUGCGGGCAUUGGCCAAGUGUAAAAUGAAUUCUGAUGUCUUAAAUGUACUUGAUGAGAUGAUUUUGGCUGGUAUUCUACCAGAUAUCCAAACAUUCUCUGGGUUGAUGCAUCAUUUUGCACUUCAGGGAGAUCUUAAAACGGUGCAGAGACUCUUUGGCAUGGUCAGGCAGAGUGGUGUAGAGCCUGAUGCUUAUAUGUUUAAGGUACUUAUUCGUGCUUAUUGCAAGUGUGAAAGAGCUGUUCUUGCAUUGAGGGUUUUUGAAGAUAUGAUGAACUCCAAUUUGAUGCCCGAUGCUGCCACAAAACAAUUGCUCGUGAAGAGUCUUUGGAAGGAAGGUAAGCUCAGAGAGGCAGCUUCUGUAGAAGAGAGAAGUGAGGAGAUAAAUUAUGUUCUUCCACUAGCUUUGCGUGGUCAUUUGUAUACUGUGAGCUCUGCAGAUCUCACAAGAGUUUGCAACAUUUAUUCAAACAGCUUUACAACAACCAAUUGUUAGAAUAUUAAAUGGAUUUCUAUAGCGGAACUAUAAGUCUAUAACGAGCUGAAAUGCUGAUAUUUUUAUAUUUAUUGCAAGUUGAGUUUGUCCUGUUUUCUUCAUGAAUCUCUAAUUAUGAAUGGAAAUUUUUAGUUUAUAAUUC